AUGGUCACAUUCCGCACUAACUUUAAAGAGCACGAGAAAAUGAUGGAAAAGAACACUACGAUCAAAGUACGGACGGACUUGCCGCGUGUGGAUCUCAAGGCAGAAGCAGCACUGGUCAACGCUAAGCGAAAGUUGCCGGUACGACCGCGCUCAAAGGCUCGUCAUGGCAAUUUACUCGGUAAGAAGCAUUCGACCUCGAAGAAGGGCGGAAAGAAGAAAUAG